CGGCGCCUAUCAUUCCAAAGCAACAUUUACUUCCUAUUCUAACACUUCUCUUUAUAUACACACACAAGAACAUAUAAAGAAAAUGAUUCAAGUAGACUCAAACCAAAGAAAUUAAUAAACGCGUUUUUCUUCUGAUACUAAACCAUGAAUCCUUCUCACUUUGUGCCUUCACUUCUGGUUCUGCUGGUUCUGCUAGCUGCUUCAUCUUCCAGUGAUGGUGCAAUUACGUGUGACCAAGCAGUAGGGUACUUGAAGCCAUGCAACGAGUACUUGACCGGCCCGACUGGGGCGAAGCCGCCGCCGGCGUGUUGUGACGGAGCCAAAGCUUUGGUUGCUGCAGCUUCUACGCCGGAAGAUAGGAAGGCUGCUUGUGAAUGCGCUAAAGCUGCUGCUAAAACCAUCAACGUCAAUCUUCAAAAUGCUCAUGAUCUUCCUGAUAACUGUGGCAUUUCCUUGCCGUUCGAGAUUUCUCCUGACUUGGACUGCAACAAGAUUGGAUAUGGCGCAAUUGUGGAGGGCAAUAUGAAAAAUUCUCUUCCUGUCUACCUCUCUCUUCCUUCUCUCCCUUCGUUCCUCUCCUUUCGCUUUGCUUCUAAAUCAGUGAAAAGAAGAGCCAAAUAUGUGGAGGAGCAUAAUCCCUCUUCCUUAGCCAAAACCUAUGGCCCUCUCCUCUCCCUCCAGCUAGACUCUACCAUCGAGAGGGAUCUGGUGCAGUUGUGGCAUUUCAGGAAUGACAAGGUAAGAGAUAGAGGAAACAAAGCGGAGAGCGAGAGGAGAGAGGAGAAGAGAGAGGGGGGAGCAGAGCGGUAG